UGAACAAAACAGAAAAUAGAAAACUUUCUUCUGCUGUAUCAGCUGAAUUAUUGGUUUAGUUUCUUGUUUUAAGACGUGAAAUAUCAGCAUAUUGACCAUAAAAAAUCGAUGGAAUAGCUUUCGCAACUCUGAUAUAACCUAUGAGGUAAAAUGGACCAGUGGCCGGAAUUUAGCAUGGAGAGAUUAAAUAUUUCAGGGCGCGACACUCUUCCUUCGUCACAAACAAAACAAAUGCAACAACAAUCUCAAUUUACGCAGCAACAACAAGCAUUUUCUUCAAUAAUGGAUUUGCCCGAUUUUGGUGAUUGCGGAGAUGAACAAAAAUACGUAAUAUAUAAGCAUGAUGAUUUGUUUGGUGAAAGUUAUCCACUAAUGCGCGAGAUACGACGACAAGGCAAACUGUGUGAUGUUACUUUAAAGGUUGAGGAACAAUCGUUUUCGGCACAUCGUAUUGUAUUAGCUGGCACCAUACCAUAUUUUUACGCCAUGUUUACUAAUAAUAUGGCAGAAAGCCGUAUUAAGGAGAUUACUAUGAAAGAAAUUGAACCAAACGCGCUCGAAAGUCUCAUAAACUAUGCAUAUAGUGGACAAGUACGCAUUGAUAAUCAAAACGUUCAAAGUCUAAUGGUGGGUGCGUCAUUUUUACAAUUGACCAAAGUACGUAAUGCAUGUGCUGAUUUCUUGAUUUCGCGAUUCCAUCCGCAUAAUGUAUUAGGCAUACGCCAUUUUGCUGAUUCUAUGAGCUGCACACACCUCAUUGAAGCAGCUGAUAAGUAUAUAGACCAAAAUUUUGCCAAAGUUGUGCAAUCAGAUGAAUUCUUAGGUUUAGAUUUCGAUGAAUUAGUCGAUUUGAUACGUCGUGAUGAGCUUAAUGUGCCAACAGAGGAGGUAAUUUUUGAAGCUUGCAUGAAAUGGGUAAAACAUAUGGAGGAAAAACGCUCUGUUCACUUUCCACAAGUGUUAGCAAAGGUACGCUUGCCGUUGUUGUCGCCACAAUUUUUGGCAGAUCGCGUAGCACGGGAAGAGCUGAUUCGUUCAUCACAUCAAUGUAGAGAUUUGUUGGACGAGGCAAAAGAUUUCCAUUUAAUGCCAGAAAGGCGGGGAUUGUUGCAAAGUUUCAGAACUCGACAACGCUGUGGUGAAUUCAUUAUGGGCCAGAUUUAUGCAGUUGGAGGACUAGCUAGUAAUGGCGAGUCAGUGAGUACAGUCGAAAUUUAUGAUCCAGUGGUUAAGAAAUGGGAAAUGGGUGAACAAAUGUCCAUGAUGCGAUCUCGUGUUGGUGUCGCAGUUAUGGAUGGCAAACUUUAUGCUUUCGGCGGCUUCAAUGGUACUGAACGUCUCUCCACUGUAGAAGUAUAUGAUCCCAAAAAGAAUAAAUGGUCUCAGGGUCGCGCAAUGUUGUGUAAGCGCAGCGCUGUUGGUGUUGCAGCUUUGGACGACUGUAUUUAUGUUUGCGGUGGCUAUGAUGGUGUUACUUCGUUGAAUACAGUAGAAUGUUACUGUCCUAAGACUGAUAUUUGGAAAACUGUUGCACCGAUGAUGAAGUAUCGUUCAGCGGGUGGUGUUGCUGCUUUGGGCGGCUAUGUAUACGCACUUGGUGGUCAUGAUGGACUUUCAAUUUUUGAUUCAGUCGAACGAUAUGAUCCCGUUAAAGAUGUUUGGCUAAAGAUGCAUUCAAUGUUGAAUCGUCGUUGUCGUCUAGGUGUAGCUGCUUUAAAUGGCAAGCUUUACGCUUGUGGCGGCUAUGAUGGCACUUCAUUUUUGCGCUCCGUAGAAGUAUAUGAUCCAAUAACGGACACCUGGAGCCUGGUUACGCCAAUGAAUUGUAAGCGUAGUCGUGUGGCUUUGGCUGCCAAUAUGGGCAAAUUGUGGGCUAUCGGCGGUUACGAUGGCGAGACAAAUCUAUCUACAGUAGAAGUGUACGAUCCUGAAGCGGAUGAAUGGUCAUUUGAGCCCUCAAUGUGUGCUCAUAGCGGUGGUGUUGGUGCCGGUGUUAUACGUAAACAGUAAUUAGUUAAGGCUACAUAUGUUUGCAAUAAGUAAUUAUAAAUAAUGUUAAUAGUAUUAAUUUAUAUUAUUAGCUAAUCAAUGUUAUGUUUUCAAAAAGCAUAGACGCAUUUUGCUUGCCUUAUUCGAAAUUAAAUAUGUAUGUAAUUUUUUUAUUUUAAUGCUCUUUAGUUGGGUAAAUUUAUGAAGACUCUUACGAAUAUCAUUCCAAUUUCGAUAGAAACUAUACAAAUUCAAACUGAAAUUCUUGUACAUGCAUAGAUAUUAAAUCAUUGCUCAAGUGCUUGAACACCAAUUGCAAUUCCGUCAAUUGAGAUUAUUAGAAUUUAAACAAAAACCAAAUACGAAAUGCUUGAUUUAUUAGAUCUCUUAGCACUUUUAUAUAUUCGUAUAUAUAUCUAUGCACUGAUUAAAUGGAAUUGUAAAUUUAAAUCAAAGUAAAUACAAAUCUUAUAACGAAUACAAUUACAUAUAC